AUGAUGCGACGUGGACUGUGGCAGCAGCAGAAGCGUCCCUCUGCGUGCCUGCGCUGCCGCUACAGCUAUGGCUACCGACCUUACACCCGACCCGCGCUUCGUUCCUCGUCGAGCCCCGAGGACAGGAUACCGCACUCGAACUCCCUCGUACGGAGGCCGUCGUUGACCGUCGGACACUCGACCAGGCUGUGCUCUGUUGUUGCGGACAGGAGCGGGCAGGGAGAAUUCGGCUGCACACCGAAUCCGCGGAGAGACGCCGGCGUCGGAGGAUUGAAGGGCCCGGGCAACGGGAGGCUAGGCAGGAGGGCUUUCUCGAAGGCCGGCUUACCGAGUUGGGCGACACAACAGGUGCACCCAAGCUUCAGCGAUGAUGGGUUGCUUCCACACGAGCGCACCGCACGUGAGAAGGCCAUGGCCCGGGCACAACCAACACCGCCAUCACCAGCACAACCCUCGCUCACACACCCCCGCGAUACGCAGCCAAAGACCAUCCUUGACGGACUGCUUCCACACGAGCGCGCUGCACGUGAGAGGGCCAUGGCCCGGCCACAACCAUUACCGCCGGCGGCACCACCACCGCUGGCCACACGCGCCGGCAAUCCUGCUCCUCGGCCCCGAAUACAACCUCGACCUGCGGCAACACUCAAGAAUCGUGGGCCAGCUUGGGCCUCCGCUCCGUCGGGGUCUGCUCCCCCAUCACAACCGGCCGCUACCAGUCUAGAGACGGGGAAACCGCCGCAACAGGCAGACCCUCUUGCUUUUCUCCUUCCACAUGAGCGUCUGGCGCGGGAGAAGGCUGCUGCUGGCACAAAAGCACAACGGCCUCUGGCUUCAGACACGCUUAUGCCGCAGGGCACCAAGUUUUCGGAGGAUACUCCUCGACAUAGCCGGCCCGGACGGAUGAUUAGGAGCGAGGACCCCUGGAGGCAGAACCAUAUCCGGCAGAUACCCCGGGCGAGCAUCCCUCUUGCACAGACUUCGGCAGACGAGGGCGAGUGGAAAAACUUGGCCCGGCGGGAACGUAAACUGCCACCACCAGGUUUCAGCAUGCUCUCAUCUGAGCCGUGGCCGGACCCUUUUCUCGACGGUCGGUCACAUUCCAGUCGCUUCAACACCGAGAGAGACCCAUUAAGUAUACUGGAGCAACGCUCUUCUGGCCGGGCCCCUCAGAGGCCGAAUUCAGGGGCCGGCGUAGACCAGUGGGCGCUGCUCGAAAGACAGGUCAAGAACCAGGCGAAGAUUGAAGAAAAGCGGACGGCGGUGGAGGAUACCAAUACUUGGGAUUGGGCAGAUGACUACUCCGAAGAAGCCAGGAAAUUGAAGGCACAACGCAUAGCGCGUGAGCUGGGACAAGAUGGGAAACCUGUCGAGGAAGGAACUGGCCCUGAAACUGCUCCGGUCCGCCGAGAUAGAGAUGAUCGGGCGAAGGACCGACGGUCAGACCGAUAUGACCGUGAAGAACGGCCCGACCGGCGCAAAAAGCCCAAGGAGUACCGGCGCAGGCAAGUCGAGGUGGAUGAUGACUGGGACGAUGACUUCUACGAGGAAAAGCGCCGGAGGAAGGCUGAGAAGGAGAGGCAAAGGCAGGCUGCGCUUGCCGCAUCCGGUCCAACGCCCAUCUUUCUACCCGAAUUUAUCAGCGUGUCGAAUCUGGCUGUCGCUCUGGGCCAGAAGAUCGAUGUCUUCGUGACGCAGUUGGAGGAACUUGGCUUUGAAGAUGUCGGCAAGGACAACAUUCUCACUGGCGAGACGGCUGCCUUGGUUGCGCAGGAAUUUGGAUUCGAACCGACCGUGGAUUCAGGCGAGGCUGAAGAUCUCAAGCCAGCGCCUCCCGCUGCGGAUCCCUCUUCGUUGCCACUGCGGCCGCCUGUUGUGACCAUCAUGGGACAUGUCGACCACGGCAAGACUACCCUGCUCGAUUACCUACGAAAAUCGUCCAUCGUAUCCCAAGAGCACGGCGGCAUCACGCAACACAUCGGUGCUUUCUCGGUUAGCCUCUCGUCCGGCAAGCAGAUCACGUUCCUUGACACGCCUGGCCACGCCGCGUUCCUGUCGAUGCGCCAGCGUGGUGCCAUCGUGACCGAUAUGGUCAUCUUGGUGGUGGCCGCCGACGACAGCGUCAUGCCUCAAACCUUGGAAGCCCUCAAGCACGCCCGCGCCGCCAAGGUACCCAUCAUUGUCGCCAUCAACAAGGUCGACAAGCCUGAAGCCAAUGUGGGCCGCGUCAAGUCGGAUCUCGCCGCGCACGGGGUCGAGAUCGAGGACUACGGCGGCGAUGUCCAGGUUGUCUGCGUCAGCGGCAGGACCGGCACGGGAAUGGACGACCUGGAGGAGGCUAUCCUGACACUGUCCGAAUUGCUCGACAUCCGAGCCGAGCGGGAGGGGAUGGCCGAGGGCUGGGUUCUCGAAUCCACCAUCAAGCCCAUCGGACGCGUCGCCACCGUCCUCGUCAAACGCGGCACGCUCCGGCCGGGCGACUACAUCGUGGCCGGGUGCGUGCACGCCAAGGUCCGCUCCCUGCGCAACGAAGCGGGUGUCGACGUCGACGAGGCACCCCCCGGCACUGCCGUCGAAGUUCUGGGAUGGAAGGAGCCGCCCGUCGCAGGCGACCAGGUCCUGCAAGCGCCCGACGAAGGGCGAGCCAAAUCCGCGGUGCGCUAUCGCCAAGAACUCAAAGAGCGCGGCGAGGUCAUCGCCCAGAUGGCGCAGCAGGAACAGGAACGCCGGGAGCGCGAGCGCGAGAAAGCCCUCGCCGAGGCCGAGAGCCGCAGGAAACACAGCACCACCGAUCAAGAGACACCGUCCGAGGACAACGACAACCCAGUUGACACGACCAAAUACCUCACCUACCUCGUCAAGGGCGACGUGCACGGCUCGGUCGAGGCGGUCACGGCCGCUCUGCUCGAGCAGGGCAACAAUGAGGUACGCGCCAAGGUGCUCGUGUCCGCGCCCGGCCAGAUCACCGAGUCGGACGUGGAGCACGCCGCCGUGUCGGGCAGUGCUAUCAUCAACUUCAACAACAACAUCCCGUCGCACAUCAAGCGGCUCGCGCACGAGGCCGGCGUGAGAAUCAUGGACCACAACGUAAUCUACCAUCUUGUGGAGGAGGUGAAGGAGCGGCUGGCCGAGGCGCUGCCACCGCUGGUGAUCAAAAAGGUGGUGGGCGAGGCCGAGGUGCUGCAGGUGUUCCCCAUCAAUAUCCGGGGGAGGAAGUACAAGAAUAUUGCCGGGUGCAGGAUUGGAAAUGGGUAUGUGAGGAAGGGCAGCAAGGCGAGGGUUAUUCGGGGCGGAGAGAAUGUUUAUGAAGGUGUCAUCGAGACGCUCAAGCACGUCAAGAAGGACGUCGACGAGAUGAAGAAGGGCAGCGAGUGCGGUAUGUCCUUUGCCGACUGGGAUGAGCUCCAGGUGGGGGAUCAGAUCCAGAUGUACGAGGAGUUCACGGAGAAGAGGAAGCUGUAA